CAGGUGUCGGCGGCGCUGAGGGAAGGCCGCGUCACCCCGACGGAGCUCUGCCAGCGGUGCCUCUCCCUCCUCAAGAGCACCAAGUUCCUGAACGCCUACAUCACCGUAGCGGAGGAAACCGCUUUGAAGCAGGCUGAAGAGUCGGAGGAAAGAUACAGGAGAGGUCAGCCGCUGGGUGUUUUAGAUGGAAUUCCUGUUGCGGUAAAAGACAACUUUAAUACAGCUGGCAUUGAGACAACAUGUGCAUCAAACAUGCUAAAAGGUUAUAUUUCUCCUUACAAUGCUACAGUAGUUCAGAAAUUACUGGAUCAGGGAGCUGUGCUUUUAGGAAAAACAAAUCUAGAUGAAUUUGCAAUGGGAUCUGGGAGUACAGAUGGGGUAUUUGGACCAGUCAGAAAUCCCUGGAGUUAUUCAAGACAGUACAAGGAAAAAUCUGUCCCAGAAUCCCAUUCUGAGGACGAAGAGUCUAACUGGGUAAUAACAGGAGGGAGCUCAGGAGGCAGUGCGGCUGCUGUGUCAUCUUUCACAUGUUUUGCUGAACUCCAUGGAUGUGCCAGGAAUCUUAACCAGAUGUGUGGAUGACGCAGCAGUUGUGUUAGGUUCACUUGCUGGACAUGAUCCUAAAGACUCUACCACAAUUCAGGACAACUUUGAGCCAUUUGAACUACCUAGUUUGACUAAUGUCAGCAAGCUCUCAAUAGGAAUUCCAAAGGAAUACCAUGCACCAGGGCUUUCCAGUGAAAUUCUGUCUCUCUGGUCAAAGGCUGCUGAGCUCUUUAAGAAUGCAGGUGCUCGAGUAAUUGAAGUGAGUCUACCACACACUUGUUACUCAAUUGUCUGCUAUCAUGUGCUGUGCACAGCAGAAGUGGCAUCAAAUAUGGCCAGGUUUGAUGGACUUGAAUAUGGACACCGUUCUGACAUGAACAAGUCCACAGAAAGCAUGUAUGCUGCAACACGACGAGAAGGCUUCAAUGAUGUUGUAAGAGGAAGAAUUCUGUCGGGAAACUAUUUCUUGUUGAAACAGAACUAUGAGAAUUACUUUAUCAAGGCACAGAAAGUCAGACGUCUCAUUGCCAAUGACUUUGUGAAGGUUUUUGAGAGUGGUGUUGAUAUUUUGCUCACUCCUACCACUCUGACUGAUGCAGUACCAUAUGUGGAAUUCAUCAAAGAAGACAACAGAACCCGCAGCGCACAAGAUGACAUCCUAACACAGGCUGCAAACAUGGCUGGACUGCCAGCCAUAAAUGUUCCUGCAGCUCUUUCAGAGAGAGGGUUGCCACUUGGGCUUCAGUUCAUUGGACGUUCAUUCCAGGAGAGGCAGCUUCUCAGUGUAGCAAAAUGGUUUGAAAAACAAGUAAAAUUCCCAAUGAUCCAGCUAGAAGAAGUGAAGAGACACGACCACGAUGUCUUUCAGCAUCAGAAAUCUUCUUUUUCAUAACGUGAGACUUGCGAGUCAGCUAAAGCAAGAAGGCUGUGGGGAUGGUGUAAAAAUGUAUUCCUGCAGUUAAUUCCCUUUUGCAGAAAUAAUAAUCCACUUUAAGAAGACCAUAUACAGUAAUGCAGGAUGGAAUCAUCAGAGCUUGUUACUAUGUAAUUAAGUCAAAGUGAAUCAUUAAGUAAAUAUGUCUGUUAUGAAGAAUCAUUUCUAACUGAUAUUAAAAGCACCACGUUGAAAUUAUGUAUCUUAUGCCUGUGGAACUGCUUUUUUCCAUCC